CUUAGUAACAGAGUUACUCAUUAACUAGUCCUUCUGGGAAGCAGCUACAGAGUACACCUCGUUCAACCUUUGCACAUUUCUCCAUUUUACAGAAAUAAACUAAACGAAAUGUAGUUAAAACUGAUGUGAAAUUUGAGAGCAGAAAGACAGCAGGUGAACUCGCUGAAGCUUGAGGAAACUACAUACUCAGGUGACAAGCCUCAUUUGACUGCAGCAAGAGGACACCGGCUUCAUUUCAACUCAUAGGAUGAUUUUGCUGCCACCAUAUUUUACUUGUUACUGAACCGAGGAGUCCCCUGUCACUCAACCUUGCCACCUAGUGGAGCUUUGAAGGUUUAACUCCCUUCUGGUCAACAGUAAUCUACCAGACAACUACCUCCCUCAUCUGGGGAAAUGCCUGCCCUGCAACAGUUCCCUUUAAUCCCUUUUAUUUGCACCUGCUGAACAUCUAGUGAACAUCUGUUGAAGGAAUUAAAAACCCUUAUUUGCCCAUCUACAGUUAAGAGGCUUUCAAUUAUCAAACCAAAAAAAACUGUUCCUUGAUUGACAUACGUGUGCUAUGCAUCCAUGAUCCAUGACUUCAUGCUAGAGUUGAGGGUGCCCCAAAGCAAGAGCGUCCAACAAGAAGCGAGUCAACAGAAGAAGUCAGUCCCUAAAAAAGACUUCACAACAGCCAGAUGGAACCAACAACAUCCAUGCUCUCUACAGCUACACCAACAGCAACAGAAAAUCAAACAUCCGAAAGUCAGACAGAGAAAUAUAAAUCUCACAACUGGGAGUUCCUGGUGGCUGUCCUGGUCACGGCCAUCUCCCUCUCCAUUCUCAUCGCCCUUCUGGCUAAAUGCCAGGUGGUCCGGCGUUACCUGGCCAGCUACAGGCACACACGGCUGAGAGAGACGGACAACGUCAGCCAGUGUCACCCUUCAGGCCUGGAGGGGGAAUUUGCCAUGCAAAGGGGCCGUGGAAUUAACCCUCACUGCCUACCUCCUGUGAGCGAGGAAGAUGAUGACGGCUUCAUUGAGGACAACUACAUCCCGGCCAGUGAGAGAGCGAGGGCUGAAAGAGCAGCGGAGAACAUGGAGGACAUGGAGGACACAGAGGAAGAAAUGGAUGAAAUUGAAUUUACCAUUGCUUAGACUGAAAGAAGGGACUGUUUCUACACCUCCUCAGCUGUAUAACCCAUGAAAAACCAAUUCCACUCCCCCCUUUCCUCUAUUUUUAAGUAAAAUCCAUACUGUCAAUGAGUGAAAAAAAAGGUUAGUGAAGCAUAAGAAUGUGAAUAUCAGUGCUCAAGAGCGUAUUAAUUUCAAGACCGCACAGAACAACCUCUCAGUGCAUUAUUAUGGCAGUAUCUCUCAAUGCAUGGUCUGUGGAUCCAUUAAAGUCACAUAAACUUUGUUAUUUAUUAGUUAUAAGAUAAUCAACGGAACCCAAUUUUGUCCUGAACCAUUAAAAAUGAGUGAAAGGUGUCAAUUGCUCUUCUGCAAAUAUGAACAUUAACAUUUCACCUUUGUAUCUGCGACUGAGUGGAUUUGUUAAGUGAUUACUUGACUGGACAACACCGAAUAUGCAACA